AAACGAGGCAAGAUAUACAGACCGUUUUGUUGAUCAGCGCCUGUGGCAUUACAAAAAAGCCUGACAAAUUUGACAGUCAACAUCUUAUUGCCAAAAAUUCCUCUGCUAUUUGCACGUUGUCCCUUGUUUUUUACCGCUCGAGGCCAUCGUCCAUCCUUUGCCCGCCCUCGCCUGUCCCACAGCGCGCGUGCCUCACUGCUUAGCCCAGCAUGGCUGUGAGUUUUUUCCCCCCUCCUUCAGGCCUAUUGGCCACUGGUUUUGGUUUUCUGCCCCUCCAUUUGGCUCUCUCUGGCUUGGUACCCCACCACAAAACCGCACACCACAACCCACCCAACUGUGCUGUGCGCGCGAGGUUGGCCACCACAAUUCUUUAUCCCGAACCUUUGCCAUUUGAGUCACCACCACCACAAUCUCUCUCUUCCUCCCGCCGUCCCCAACAUCACCAAUUCCUUUUUUGCCUCCUCCGACACUUCUCGACGACUCCCUUUCCGCCGCCGCCGCUCGACGAAUUUUCUUAUCUCGGCCACAAAAAAAAUACUAACCAGGGAUCUGCUCUGAUUUAUAGGAACCUACCUCCCCCGUCGAGCGCAAAUCUCGUAAAUCCGUAACUUUUACCGACGAACAAAUCGUAGUCGACGCCGACGGAACCGUCAAGAUGGUCAACGCCGCCGACGAGCCCAACAAGGACUCUGCCCUUUCCCACGCUGCCCCCGAGGAUGCUGCCGCUGCUGCUGCCCCCGCCGACGAUGGCGGCCUCGACCUCUCCCUGUUGAAGAAGAAGAAGAAGAAGAAGGUCGCCAAGCCUGAGGAUGGCGACGAAGCUGCCGCUGACGGUGAAGACGAUGGCGGCCUUGACCUUUCCCUCAAGAAGAAGAAGAAGAAGAAGACCAAGGAGGUUGCUGAGGACGACGAGUUUGCCGCCAAGCUCAAGGAGCUCGAGAUCAAGGAGGCCGAAGAGGUCGCUGAUGCUUCCAACGAGCAGGAAGGCGAUAUGGAUGUCGGUACCGGCAUCUGGGCCCACGACGAGACUAAGCUCAUCAACUACCCCCUCCUCCUCAACCGUUUCUUCAGCCAGCUCGCCCAGAAGAACCCCGAUCACACUCUCUCUGGCGCCAAGAGCUACAAGAUUCCUCCUCCUCAGUGCAUGCGUGAAGGUAACAGAAAGACCAUCUUUGCCAACAUUGCCGAAAUCUGCAAGCGCAUGAAGCGUUCCGAGGAACAUCUUACUGCCUACCUCUUCGCCGAAUUGGGUACCUCUGGUUCCGUCGACGGUAGCCGCAGACUUAUUAUCAAGGGUCGUUUCCAACAAGCUCACAUUGAGAGUCAGCUAAGAAAAUAUAUCAUCGAAUACGUUACCUGCAAAACCUGCAAAUCGCCCAACACAGAACUCAGCAAGGGUGAGAACCGUCUUUACUUCGUUACCUGCAACAACUGUGGCUCCCGUCGCAGUGUCAGCGCCAUCAAGACCGGUUUCUCGGCCCAGAUCGGAAAGAGAAAGAAGAUGCAGGGUUAAUAGUGAAACGUGGAUGCAAAAUAGGGGUUACAUGGUGUUCUGGCCAUUAUGUUUUUAUUGAUGACAAUAAAAGAAAUGACUUUUUUAUUAUUACCUGCUCAGAUGAUGUCCAGAGGAAGCCAAUAAUUGGGUUUGGACAAACUCCAGAAAAAAUUUGGAUGAUUUUAGCAUGUGCAUGAUACUACACAUUCUUCACUUUAAAAAACGACGUGCAGUGAACGGCAUUAUAUAACAAAGAAAACAGGCGGCUGUGAAAGCCGCAAACUUAUAUUUUAUCGCAUGAAAUGCUCAGCUCUCUUUCCCAACCCUAAAAUACUUGGCUAAUAGCUAGAGUUCUAUGUAUCUCUUGCCUACUUUCUUCAUCCUCUAUGAAUCAGAGCCCGUAAUCCGCAAAUAAAAAAGAACGACAUAGAAGGAAAUUGCCAGGCCGAUAAAAAGUAAAAAAUGGAAAUCGCCAUAGUCAAAAGCGCGUGAACCCGUAACCCAAAAACAAAUUUCAGUCUGACAGCUUAGCCGAAAUCCUCCCUAAGCUGUUUGCGCCUUUGUCCUGGUAGUGUUAUUACAUGAAUCUCCCAAGGCUUGCCCUAUUGUAUCCCAUUGUAGAGUUACUCAAUGCGAGACUCCUCGGCGAUAGCAGCAACCUCUGCUUGAGCUGCCUCCAAAGCUGUGCGAACCCAGUCACCCAGGCGAUGCUUCUCAAUGUAUGACUUAAGAAGCUUGUCUUCUGCCUUCAUUCCGUCAACAAGCUUGGACUGGAAAUCAGCACCAAUAUCACGGAAUCGGCGGUCAAGCUCUUCCGAGAAAGCACCAAUGGCUUCCUUGGGUGCCAUGGGCCUAAAAGGGUCGCGAGCAUCCUGAUAUUGAACGCAGUCUGAAAACAUAGCAUACAGCUCGGUUUCGGCUAGUCUCGCAACAACCGCUUCAUCAUCCUUCAACUUGGUAUCGUUGAUCUUGGACCAGUCAUCCCGAAUAUAGAGUCGGCGCCAGAUUAGGCGUUUGGCCUCGCGAACUUCGUCAGCGUGACAGCUACUCUCCGCUACUUUGAGGGCGAGCCAAAAGGGGUGUGCAAUCUCUUCUCGGGCUUCAGGCUUAAAGGACACCAAAGUCAGUAGAUCAAUGAGUGUCAUCGCGUCCAAAGCUUCAUGCUUGAGAAGGCGCUCCAUGGCACCUUCAAAUGCUUGAAGGAGUGCCUUCUGCUUGCGGGGGAUGUUAUCACCGUGAGCCUCAACAGCCAAGUUGAGAGCAGCAGCUUCAUCUACAGCGUCAUAAGUGCUCGAGGAGAUUUGGUUGUAAAGCUGGUUCUGGAUGCGCACGGUGAUGAGUUCACGGUUGACUUUCUCCAGCUGCGCUUCUUGGCGUGUCUCAUCAACCUUGACCUUGAACAUGUUGCCCUUCUCGCUCUGCGCCUCUGCUUCGGCAAGGAGCGCCAGCUUACCAAGACUAAGCUCGAUCUUUUUGUUCCAUGUCUGUUGCUCUUUGGUAAAGGCCAAGUUGACCAAGGUUUCAGCCGCAUGUUCGAUGUCGUUCUCUUGUUCCACAUCGUUAAUCCAAGAAAUGCGAGCCAAUUCUGGCUUACUACGCAAGAAUUGUGUCUUGAAUCCCAGCGUUUCUAGAUCGAACUCCAAAACAGCUUCGACGCCGUUCUUUUCCAGCAAGAAUUCAUAUACAGGGAAUGCAAAUUCUUUUCCGUAUUUGGCGAAUCGGUCCUCUAGUUGGGCUCUCUUAGCAUCACGUAGGUUCUUGAAGUUCUGCAUCUCGGUGGGAGAUAGUCCAGGCUCAAGAAUCUGCGCUUCCAGGUUGGCGACGUAUUCUAGUAGAAUGACUGCAAGCGCAUUGAGUGCUUCAUGCUUUUCAGCAAUCUUGGCAGCCUCCUCCCACUUUCCAAGACGAGCCAAGAGGACAGGCUUGUCGUAUCGGUCGCCAUGGUAAGAUUUAGCAAAGUUUUGCGCAAUCGACUUAUGCUCAGAACUAGUCAUUCCCCAUCUAGCAUACUCGAGCACAGAGGUGAGCAUGGCAUCCGUCAAAAGGGGGAGGUCAUCGAAGAUUUUUCGGAUAAUGUCUGGGUUAGGAACAUUGGGGGCCUUGGUGUUUUCAGUAAGAAGAGAGUGGUAUUUGUUGAUCCAGUUGUCGGAGAGGUCGACCAAGCGCUUCAAGUUGUUUGAGACAAAGUAUGAACCUGUCCAUGGCUCUGGCAAUCCCUCAUAGCCUUCGCGAAGGAUACCGAGGCGUAGCUUGUCUUGGCUUAGGCCAUAGAAUGAAAGGUUUGUCUUUCGGAAUUCGAGGGCUCCGGUGUGUGCGGUUGUGUUGAUCUGCAUUGCUUCGUAGAUCAUCAAUGUAACCUUAACAUCGUCUAGCAAAUGAUCCUUGUACAAAGUCUUGAUAACCUCGUACGCCCAUGAAACAAACAGCUCCAUGCGGAAGAUGUCAUUGAUGAACCAAUGUCUGACUGGAUCAACCUCACCGAUUUUAGCAAUGGGGUUUGUCUUUUGAUCCUGAUGGAUGAAAUCAACGAUGGAGGCAAUUAGACUCUUCUUGUCGCCGGCAGCUCUAGCCGCUGUAAAGGCUUCAUGGCGCUUCCAGAGUAGGCCAGCGACAUGCAUCUUCUCAGCAUUGAACAGCAGACUCCAGCGUGUCUUGCGAUCGAUCUCAGCGUUAAUUGAACGCACGUGAAGCAUCAAUCGCUCCAAAGCAUCCGCACGAGCUCUCAAGUUAUCCUCUAGUGACGCAGGCAGUGUUGACAUAAAUGUUGUAGUGGAGCUCAGAAUUUCUUGGCUGAUCUCCAAUGCGGCGGCACCAAUUUCCUCUUUGGAGAAGGCAGUCUCUCUGCGGCCAUCAAAGAUGAGUGGGUUGUCAGCCUUGGCACCAAAAAAUACUGUCUGUUCCAGUUUGCUCUUCGCUGACACUUGUGGUGGGUGUUCGCUGGCGAACUUGUCAAUCUCAGUGGUGACUACUCGGAUAACGCCAGCACCCCGUGCGAAGAGGAGCACAGCGGGAUUCUUGGCCUUUUGCUUGAAAAUACGAGCUUCCUCUGCAGCUGCGGAGGGCAUUUCUUCAAACCCGGAGCCAAUGGUCUCAUGAAGAUUAUCUUCCCUAAAGUCAAUGACAUCUUCAAAUGAAGCCGGCAGGAUGUUGUUAUCUGAUUGUAAUUGAGAAUCAGGUGAUUCGGGGGCGAGGGCAAGUGAAGCAAUGACUGUAGCUCGCUCAAAGACAGCGAAGGCCACAAUUGCAGGUCGAGGAAGAUAGAUUCGAGGUCGGGUGGUUGGUGGCGAGUCAGCUGCAGAUAUUGGUGUUGUGUAGGAUGUAAUAGGGCGGAUCAUUCCAAUGGAACAGCCUUUAGGGUUCAGAAUGACCUCAAUCAUAGCGUAACGUGAUGUGCUGCGUCUUGUAAGGCUUACUAGUAGUAGCAGGUGUUGUUCAGAGGCAUCCUCGGAAGAAAUGGCAUCGCUAAGUCGGCUGAGUUCCAAAUAUUUCGAUUCCAAACCCUUUGGCACAAAUGUGAAAUCAACGGCCUCGAAGGAGUCAGCUGGGAAGUCUUUCGCAAAAGGAUCUGACUCUCGCAACGCGUCAACGAGCUGAUCCCGAAUAUCGGCUUCACCAAUGUGAUCAUUGUGGCCACCACGAUGGAUUCUCCAAGCCUGUAGCUUGCCCUUGCAAGUAAGCGCGACGACGUUGCGCUCACCAACUCGGGUGGAUCGAUCCGCUCUCACGGCAGCAAUCUCGCCUCGUAGCGACAGAUUAGAAAACGCGUGUCGGAUACUGCCAAAGAUUCCGCUGGUGGAUGGUGUCAGGUUAGUUCGCAGGAAUUGUGUAGAGAUGGCAGGUUUUCCAUGACCAUCACGAACAGCCAUGUAUGCAAGUCGACCAGAGUUGAAAGUGAGAACAAAGCCGGCAGAUUCUGCGCUGGUAAUACCAACCACCUUUUCGCCCGAUGACAUGCCAGAGAUGACAUGUUCAACACCAGAGCGGUCCUUCUUGAUGAAAGCAAAUGUAGCGGCGCUAGAUAUCGAUUCCCAAAAGACAACUUUGCCGCUGCCAGCCAUCACAACUACAAGGCCAGGCUCGACAGAAGAGGCCGAGGGUGAUACAAGUGAGCCAACUGGGAGAGGGUCUGACGGUUUGGAUGCCGAUGGGAGUGUAAAUGUAAACGUUUCGGGGGAUUGUGAUGUCGAGUUAUAUGGCCAGACCAUGGCAUGUGUUGCUGUCAAUGAAAGGGCAUAUCCGAAUGACGAAGAGAUAUCAGCGUGUUGUGGGCCUAUGAUAGAUAGCGAGAUUAGCCUUUGCAGCAAGAUCAAUUGGGAAUGUUUCUUACUAUUCCAGUCGGCUCGA